UUAGUCGUACAUGAAUAAUGUCGGCAUGCCCGACGAUGAUGAUACAUCCAGCCAUAUUCACCGUCUUCCUGCGCUUCAAAUUCUUCUCUUCGAUUCAAAGUUGUCUUCCAAAAGUCUCUCUACACACAGAAAAACAGAGUGGAAAAAAUGACGACCAAGCUCUUCCUUUCCACACCCUGCUUCUUAAUUCCUCAACUCCUUGCUCCUCACGAAUGCCUCAAUCUCAGGUGUAUGCCAGUUUCAUCGCAACUCUCCACGGCGGCUUCGCGGUUUCGAGUCCCCAAAAAGCGUAUCGCUGGCCGCGAAGACAGAAACUCCAGCCUCAAUUGGAUGGCUACGGUCCGAGGGAAUGUGGAAUCGGCAGCUGUUCCAACAUCGGUCCCGGUUCGAGUAGCCCACGAGCUUCUUCAGGCUGGACACCGGUAUUUGGAUGUCAGGACUGCUGAGGAGUUUAGUGCAGGGCAUGCUGUUGGGGCCAUCAAUGUUCCUUACAUGUUCAAAGUUGGAUCAGGCAUGACAAAGAACCCUAAUUUUUUGGAGGAAGUUCUAUUACAUUUUGGAAAAGAUGAUGAAAUUAUUGUCGGAUGCCAGCUUGGUAAAAGAUCGCUAAUGGCAGCGACAGACCUUAUAUCAGCUGCCUUUACAGGUGUUACAGAUAUUGCUGGUGGGUAUGCUGCUUGGACACAGACUGGACUUCCCACGGUCUCAUAAAUGCUGCCAUUUUCUGCACAAAAUAGGCGUUUGAUGUACAAAACUCAACCAAUGUAGUAAAUUAACGUUCUGGUAAAAGGUUUACAACAGAUACUACAGAUCCUGGGAUAUGUAGGAGACUGUUAGGUCUCAUUUGUAAAAAGAAGGAAAUAAUAGCAACUUUCUCACACAUGAAGAGUUAAAAGUCCUGUUUACCAAAAAAGAAAAAGAAAAAGAAAAAGAAAGAACAGUUAUAAGUCCUGUUCGUGCUUUGCACCAGUGUACUUAGAUUAGCUUUUAGAAAAAUGAUUGGGAGUUCUAAUAAAGGAGCUUUAAUGAGUUCUAAUA